AUGGAGAGUGCAUGCAUCUCCAAGGAGCUACUGCAGGAGGUACGCCGAGGUGAUGCGGCCAUGGCUGACGACCUUGUUGCGCUUGCUCCACGUUGUGGUCGUGCGUUUCGCUUAGGCACAUCAGUUGCGAGCCCUGUCGAUGGUGUGGCAGUGAGUGGCAUGCUGUCGAGGGCGGCCGCAUCUUCUGCGGCGUGCGGUGAUAGUUCUGGGUACUCUGUCGAUGUGCACGACACGCUCACGACGAGCGAUUUUGUUCAGCAGAAGCGUGAGGUUGGUCUCGUGCGUAUGUCCCUCACCACCAAGAAGGCUGAAAUCCGCAGGCUGGAAGAGAAGCUUCACCGCGCUGAGAAGCGACUGCGCCAGCAACAAGAACAGCUGUCGAACACACGUGAUAAGUUCAACAAUUUUUUGAAGUUUAGCAACCUCGAGCAAGACGCGGCUGUGCGGCGAGCAGACGACGAAACGCGCAGCAAACACGCCAAGACAGUCGAGAUCAAGAAGCUUUCAGCCCUCAUCAGCAAUGCCGAGGCAGAAAUGCGCAAGAUGCGGCUGGAGAUUGAGAACUGCAUCGCAUACAAAAAUUUUCUUGAGAGUCUGGCAAGGCCCCAAUGGUUCUACGACACGCUCAGCAGCCUGCGCAUUGAGGACGCAACGGAGAAGAUUCUGCUUGAUGCCGAGGAAGUUUAUCAAGCGCGGUCAGCUGCCCUGAGGGCGCAGGAGGCAGCACGAUUGGAGGCAGUGCUGCAGGCAGAGCAGACGAAGGAGCGAGAGGGUGCAUCCUAUGGAAAAAGGAACCCAACAUCUGUGGCGCUAGCAACACAACGGAUGGGAGUGCAGCACGGUAAGGACCGUCCGGUCGUCGAUGAGGAGGAGGAACCGGAGGUGGUGCCGCUCGAGGAGCAGCUCGAGCAUCUGUACAGCUCCAUGGAGGAAGAGGCCCGUGCUGCCAUCGCUGCCUCGACAGCGAGCAUCCGGGCCGAGGUCAGUUCUAUGGCACUGGCAGCUGUGAAGGACGAGCUACACCACAGCUACGACGAAGAGCGACUGCCGAUGUGCUUUGUCUCUGUCGAUGAUCUGCUGGAGGUUUUCAUUAACGUAGAGGAGGGCAACUUGUUCUUGAUUCAAAAUUGUCACGAACUGGAGGAGGAGCUAGAGGGUGCCACGAUGGGGUUCAUGCAGGAGCAAGAGGAGAUGAACACCAUGUUCACUCAGCGAACGGCGCAGCUGGAGGCGCUGACAAGAAGCGUAGCGGAGGCCCAGACGAAGUUACAGGAGCUGGACGAGCGGAUGGAGGUGCUCGAGCCCCGUGGAAAACAUCAGGCAAACACGACAGCAGGGUCGACCGCGACGGCAUUCAAACGGGCCACAGCAGGUGCGUCAUCUACUGGCGGCGCACGAAAUACUGCCGGUGGCGCCUUAGUCGCCAACAUGACCCCGGAGGAGCUGAGGAAGAAGGUGGAGGAGUCCAUUGGGCACAUUUUCCACGUGCUUCGCACUGGUGAUCAGCAGCUCAAGAUCACAGCACAGAGCUCCAACUCCCGCAAGACUACUGAGGGCUCCAAAAUCGCUGGCAGCACGAUUCGUGACCAAUCGCGUGCCGCCUCUGUGUCGCAGCGGGGUCCCCAGGCUCCUCGGCCGUCAACGACGCUGGUGGUGCGAAAGAAAACAGCCACCGGCGGCCCAUCUUCUGAUUCGCAGCGUGCUCCAAGUGCGGUGGGUCAGUCGGGGAGGAAAUCCACUGUCGCGCUGACUGCGGCUGCCGCGACAAACGCAGCGCCUCAGCAGCACCAAGACGCUUCUAUGGGCCCGGUAGAGCUGCUGACAAUUAUCGAGAAUAAAUUGGAGGAGUAUCACCGAUACCUGAACGACCCGGCAAACCACGUCGAUCUGGCCCUCAUGAAAGCCGUGAUGAAGCAGAGCGACAAGCAGCGUCGUCACCAGGCGCGAAUUGUUCACCUAGCGUGUCAGGAGCAGGAGCAGGAGGAGCGCAUCCGACGCGCUCUGGAGCGGUCGCAGGCACCACUAAUCCACAAAACUGGCAAGCAGGUUCGUCCGCGCUCCUUUGUUUCGAAGCCGAUGGACAAGAAGUCGCUGCGCAAGGCGGAGCGGGCUGCUGCUGUGCUGAAUGGCUCCCACGCAAGCAUAGACUCAGACGAGGAUGGCGCCGAAUUCUUCAUGUAG